GGGAGGCUCCACUGUUAACAGCCCGGCCUCCGAGCUCUGUCAUGGCGGCAUCUAGUUUUCAGGCCGGUGUAAAGGAACGGGAUGUUAGGGUUUUUAUUAGCGAGACAAGCGGGUUUGGACGACCCUCUUCGCCUCCGGAGAGCGGAGUCCACACAGAGGGUUUUGGGACUGGAGUUAAACAAAGACAGAGAUGUUGAAAGGAUCCAUGGCAGUGGAGUUAACACCCUUGACAUUGAACCUAUUGAAGCAAGAUACAUGUUAUCAGGUGGUUCAGAUGGUGUGAUUGUACUUUAUGAUCUUGAGAACUCCAGCAGACAACCUUAUUACACAUGUAAAGCAGUGUGUUCCGUUGGCAGAAACCAUCCUGAUGUUCACAAAUACAGCGUGGAGACUGUACAGUGGUAUCCUCAUGACACCGGCAUGUUCACAUCAAGCUCAUUUGAUAAAACUCUGAAAGUGUGGGAUACAAAUACAUUGCAAACGGCAGAUGUAUUUAAUUUUGAAGAAACCGUUUAUAGUCAUCAUAUGUCUCCAGUUGCCACCAAGCACUGUUUGGUAGCAGUUGGUACUAGAGGGCCCAAAGUACAACUUUGUGACUUAAAGUCUGGAUCCUGUUCCCACAUUUUACAGGUUAUAUUUGCAGGUCACAGACAAGAAAUAAUGGCAGUUUCCUGGUCACCACGUUGUGAAUAUGUCUUGGCAACUGCAAGUGCUGACAGUAGAGUAAAAUUAUGGGAUGUGAGAAGAGCAUCAGGAUGUUUAAUUACUCUUGAUCAGCAUAAUGGAAAAAAGUCACAAGCUGUUGAAUCAGCAAACACUGCUCAUAAUGGGAAAGUUAAUGGCUUAUGUUUUACAAGUGAUGGGCUUCAUCUCCUUACUGUUGGUACGGAUAAUCGAAUGAGGCUCUGGAAUAGUUCCAAUGGAGAAAACACACUAGUCAACUAUGGAAAAGUUUGUAAUGACAGCAGAAAAGGAUUGAAAUUCACAGUCUCCUAUGGCUGCAGUACAGAGUUUGUUUUUGUACCAUAUGGUAGCACCAUUGCUCUUUAUACAAUUUACUCAGGAGAACAGAUAACUAUGCUUAAGGGACAUUAUAAAAGUGUUGACUGCUGUGUAUUCCGGUCUAAUUUCCAGGAACUUUAUAGUGGUAGCAGAGACUGCAAUAUACUUGCUUGGGUACCAUCCUUAUCUGAACCAGUUCCUGAUGAUGAUGAUGAGACUACAACCAAAUCACAGUUAAACCCAGCAUUUGAAGACGCAUGGAGCAGCAGUGAUGAGGAAGGAUGAUUCUCAAACCUGAGUACCUUUGUGUCUCUACUGAUGAAACUUUUAAAAUGGGACUGUUUUUUGUUAUUGUUUUCUUCCUAACUAUGUGAUGACAGCUAAAUUAACCCUGAA